CCCACGGGCCUUUGGGUUCCCUGUUGCUGUUGCGCCGCUGCUGGCUGUGUCCCCGGACUCCACCAUGGACAAGACAGUAGACGAGCCCCCCAUAUCCGCUGUCUUGCUGGAACACUGCAGUUUCUCUCAGGUUGUGUUUGACAGUGUGGAGAAGUUCUAUGUUCCUGGAGGAGAUGUCACAUGCUAUUACACCUUCACCCAACAGUUCACCCCGCGUCGCAAGGACUGGAUUGGCAUCUUUAAAGUGGGAUGGAAGACAACCCGGGAGUAUUACACCUUCAUGUGGGUUGCCUUGCCCAGUGACCUAAACAAGGAAUCAGCCAGGCAGCAGGAGGUCCAGUUCAAAGCUUAUUAUCUGCCCAAGGACGAUGAGCAUUACCAGUUCUGCUAUGUGGAUCAAGAUGGCGUGGUCCGGGGAGCAAGUAUCCCUUUCCAGUUCCGUGCAGAAAGUGAGGAGGACAUAGUGGUGGUCACCACUAAGGGAAGGGUGGAAGAGAUCGAUCACCACAACCAGGAGCUUCUCCGAGAGAACCAGGAGCUGAGAGACAGCUGCGCCCGCCUCCAGCAGCAGCACUCAGACACGCAGGCUGAGCUGGAGAGGAAGCAGGAGGCACUAGAGGCACUGCAGAGCAUCAGUAAGAAGUUAGAACAGAAAAUGGAAGAGCAGAAGGCCUGCUGGGAGACUGAGCUGCUCCAACUGAAAGAAUACAACCAGAAGUUAUCCUCAGAAAACGAGAAGAUGGAGAGCAGAGUAGACCAGCUUCAGGCCCAGCUGUCAACUCAAGAGAAAGAAAUGGAGGAGCUUGUUCUGAGAGACCAAGACAUGACUGAGCAGCUGCAGCGUCUCAAGAAUGAAAAUAGCCAGCUCGCCCUCUGUUUAACUGAACAGAAGGAGCAGCAGAAGAAGCUUGAGCAGACAGUGGAAAAGAUGAAGCAGAAAGAGACUACAGCGAGGAAGAAACAGCAGGAGCUAACGGAUGAGAACUUUGACCUGUCUAGAAAGCUAAGUGACAACAAGAUUGUGUCUGACGUUCUGAAGAGAGAGAAGGAGAGACUAGACAGAGAGAACAAUAUCCUGAAGAAGGAGAACAACAGACUGAUGAACUACAUGGGCUUCCAAGGCGACUCUUUGCCGCACCAAAUGCAUUCUUCAGAUCAAGGAGCUGGUAGGCAAAACCCAGGCCUUGUGUACGGAAACCCAUAUUCUGGUAUCCAAGAAAGUUCUGCUCCCAACCCGCUUGCCAUGAAGAAGUGCCUCAUCUGUUCAUCAGACUUUGGCGAUGGAGUCUGUGAUCAUAUCUUGGAGCAGCAGCAAAUGCAGACCCAUUUCUUGAAUUGUCCAAUUUGUGACGAAGCCUUCCCAGCGAGAGAGAAGCAGAUCUUUGAAGACCAUGUGUUCUGCCACUCUCUCUGAGUGUCUGUGCUGCUCAGGUUUCACAGUGUAGAACAUAGUCUCUACUGUAAGCUGUCCAAGCAGAGAAGCCUGUCUAAAUCAUUUGGGGUGCACUUAGAGCUGCUGCUGCCCGCAGAGGUUGAAUGUGGCCACUGUAGGAUGGUGUUGACAGUGGCCGAGUCUGUCCUCUCCACGUCAUAGCUGCAGCCUUCCACCUGCAGUGCCCAUUGGUCCUCAGACUCCUGUACAGAACCUGCUGGUCACAGCAGCCGCCUGACACCAAGACAUUGUCUUCCAAGUUGUCCCUCUGCGUUCACAGCCAGACCUUGAGCAUGUGUGCCCAGUCCUCAGCCCUGACCCCGAGGGUAGGAACAGGACAGAAGUGGAGAAUUUCUUCUCCUUCCUCAGUCCUUUCUUCAACCAAUGGCCUCAAAUUACCCCAAAAAGGCACAGCAGAGAACUCAGAUUCCAAAGAUUUAUCAGCUUCCAAAAGGUGCAAUUUUUGUUUUGUUUUUGAAGACAGGGCCUGACUAUAGCCCUGGCUGGC